CAGCCCAGGUGUGGCCAGUGGCUUACCUGCACACGCCCCUGCUGCCUCCCAGGUAAGCUGCUGCCUCUCCUCGCUCAAGAAUCAGGAAGAGUGGAGACAGCACGUCGGUCGAUGGGUCAAGGGACUGCCGGGGAACUAUGGUGACCAAGCUGCAGAGAGACCAGAGCUGGAUCCCCAAGGUGAUUAAGAAGAAAACAUGCUCCACCUUCCUAGAGGACACCACCACCCAGAGCCAGCAGCAGCUGUGCCAAUGUGGAUAUGCCAGGGAGUACCACCGCUCAGUGGCGAUGGAAGACAACUUUGGGGCAGCGAUGGUGAGCAGGUGGAACACGGCCGAACACACCACCGAGGAGCCGACAGACGCAUUCGGGGACGUGGAGUUCUUCGGGAAAGGACGGAGACACGGAAAGUUUGUGCGGCUUUCUUCGGACACGGACCCGGCCAUCGUCUACAGCCUGAUCACCCAAUCGUGGGGCAUCCCCCCUCCCAACCUGGUCGUGUCUGUGGUGGGGGGAGAUGCAAACCUGAAGAUGAAGGCGUGGCUGAAGGACAUCCUCCGCCAGGGACUGGUCAAAGCUGCACAGAGCACCGGGGCCUGGAUCAUGACGAGUGGGCUACAGGUGGGUAUCGGCAAGUACGUGGGCGAGGCAGUGCGAGAUCAUGCCACUGCCAGUACCCACACCGCUACCAAGGUGGUGGCCAUGGGCAUCGCUCCGUGGGGGCUCAUCUACAAGAAACAACGGCUCAUCAACACCAAGGGUUCGUUCCCGAUCCGUUACACGGUGACCAGCGAGGAAUCGGCCCGCCACGCGCUGGACGACAACUACUCAGCGUUCCUGCUGGUGGACGACGGCACCAACCGGCGGCCGGGCGGCGAGACCCAGUUCCACGCCCGCCUCGAGCAGCACAUACUCACCCGCAGGACGGGCAUCGGGGGUAGAGGGAGCAUUGAGAUCCCAGUGUUGUGUAUGCUGAUACAAGGAGGUCCCAACAUGUUGGAGAGGAUCUACGGAGCCAUAAAGAACAACAUUCCGUGGCUGGUCCUGGCCGGAUCGGGUGGGAUCGCAGACGUCCUUGCCGAGGCCCUGGUGGGCUCCUUCACCGAGGAGACUUCCAGGAAACAAGUGGAAGCGUGGCUGCAGAAACACGCCCAGGCUGAGGAUGUGCCCAGCCUGCUCAAGCUGAUGGAGAAGAUUGUUGAAAAUAAACAUUUGCUGACGGUCUACAAUGCUGAACAGGAGGGUGUAGAGGACUUUGACACAAUCAUUUUGAAAUCCUUGUUCAAAGCCUCAAAGAAGAAGAGCACAGAUGCGCAGGCGUACCUGGACGAGCUGAAGCUGGCCGUGGCCUGGAGCAGAGUGGACAUCGCCCGCAGCCAGCUGUUCAACGGGGAGAUCCUCUGGAAGACCAGUGAUCUGGAGGAUCCCAUGACAGCAGCGCUGGUCAACGAUGAGCCAGACUUCGUGAAGCUCUUCAUUGACCACGGCAUCAACAUGGUGGAAUACCUGUCGUAUGGACGUCUGGAGGAACUCUACAGCUCGGUGGCCGACAACUCACUCCUCAACGGCCUCCUGCGCAGGAAGCAGGCGGAGCGCCGCGGCACGCAGGGCAAGGGGUCCAAGCACACGCCGGGUGCCCCGCGGACAGAGGAGGGGCCGCACCGAUACACGCUGUCCGAGGUGCUGAAGGUGCUGAGAGACCUGAUGGGGGACUUCUGCGAUCCCAUCUACGGAGAACUCUUCCAGUUGUCCGGUUCCCGCAGGGGGAAGGCGCUGCUGAACCCUCAGGAGGAUUCGUACUGGAAGCAGAAAUGCGCCAACCCCUGGGCUGACCUGUUCAUCUGGGCCGUGCUCCAGAGACGCGGCAAGAUGGCCACGUACUUCUGGGAAAUGGGCGGAGAGUCGGUGUCGUCGGGACUCGGAGCCGACCUCCUCCUCCGGGAGAUGUCCCGCCUGGAACCUGAGGCGGAAGGGGCUCAGGUUAUAAAGGAGAUGGCCGCUAGGUUUCAGCAACUGGCAGUCGACGUCUUUAACGAGUGUUACCGGCACAGUGAGAAGCGGGCCUUCCAGCUGCUGGUCCGUCGGUGCCCGGUGUGGGGCAGAGCCACGUGCCUACAGCUGGCCACCGAGGCCGACGCACGCACCUUCCUCGCCCACGACGGAGUCCAGGCCUUCCUCAGCCAGGUGUGGUGGGGCGAUAUGGACAGGAACACGAAGUUCUGGAGGCUGGUCCUCGCAUACUUCUGCCCCCCCUUCAUUUACAGCAGCCUCAUCAAGUUCAGGAGCAGCUGGGAGGAGCAAGGGUCCACUAGCCCGGCCUCUGAGUCGGAAUGUACCGAAAAUGAUAUUCUGCUGGAGCCAGCGGGAAACUCCAGAGAUGAUGAGACGGGCGCGAGGGUGAGCGGCAGGGACCGUCGGCCGUUCUGCAUGCUCCGGUGGAAGCAGUUCUGGGAGACUCCGGUCACCUCGUUCUUCAGCAACGUCAUCAUGUACUUUGCGUUCCUCUUCCUCUUCGCCUACGUCCUAAUCUUGGACCUGUUCCCCGAUGGCCCGUCCAACGCCGAACUUGUCCUCUACAUCUGGGUCCUCACCAUCGUCUUCGAGGAGAUCCGACAGACGUUUUUUGUCAGCAUGGACAUCUCGGUGAAGAAGAAAGUGAAGCUUUACUUCCAGGACAUGUGGAACAUCUGUGACAUCCUGGCCAUCGGCCUCUUCACCAUCGGGGUCUGCGCCAGGAUGUUCAGGGACUGGUACGAGGCCGGCCGCGUGGUCCUCUGCCUGGACUUCAUGGUCUUCUGCUUCCGCCUGGUCCACAUCUUCGCCGUCCACAAACAGCUGGGGCCGAAAAUCAUCAUCGUGGGCAAAAUGAUGAAGGACAUGUUCUUCUUCCUCUUCUUCCUGGGCGUCUGGCUGAUGGCGUAUGGAGUGGCCACACAGGGGCUGCUGCACCACAGCGAGACCCGGGCCAGCUGGAUCUUCCGACGGGUCUUCUACAGACCCUACCUCCAAAUCUUCGGCCAAAUCCCACUGAACGAGCUGGAUGCUGCUCAGAUCCCCAACUCCAACUGCACGGAUGACCCGGUGGCGAUCCUGAUGGAAGAGCUCCCACCCUGCACCAACACCUACGCCAACUGGCUUGUCAUCCUCCUGCUCACCAUCUUCCUGCUGGUCGCCAACAUCCUGCUGGUCAACCUGCUCAUCGCCAUGUUCAGUUACACCUUCAACAAGGUGCAGGAGCACAGUGACAUCUACUGGAAGUUCCAACGCUACAAGCUGAUCGUGGAGUACCACAAGCGGCCCGCCCUGCCUCCACCCUUCAUCAUCUUCAGUCACCUCAACAUCUUCAUCAAGAGGAACAUCCGCAGGGUCCCCUCCGUGAAGAGCAAGGUGUUCGUGAUGGACUUCCCCGAGUCGGUGGCCAGCAAGCUGAUGACAUGGGAGGCAGUGCAGAAGGAGAACUAUCUCGUGUGUCGCAACAGGGCCAAGCGAGAGAGCAACAUGGAGCAGCUGAAGAGGACAGCGCAGAAGGUGGACACGGUUCUGAACUACAUCACCGACAUCAGGGAGCACGAGGGACGCCUCAGAGUUCUUGAGAAACAGAUGGACUAUUGCACAGAAGCCUUAACCUGGUUGAUCGAAUCCUUAAUGCAAAGUGACCUGCUGAAGAAUGCCAAGGCCCCACCAACAUUACCAGAUUCCUCCUACAAGAGAGACUAAAGGCUGUAACUACCUGCAAGGAACUAGUCCAUCAUCGGGAUGGGUCACAUCAAGGACAGGGAUGGACCUCUCGAGCCAAGGUCCUGAUCUCCUCCUUGUGGUCAGGUUUGCCACCAAGGAUGUGCCUGGAUCCCAUGGGCCCGAGUCUGGAGGACACAGGGGGUUUAGUUCUGGAUCAGAUAGGCAGCUUAGACCCAAGGCGGUCUGGAACCCAGGCACCCCCUGUUGUAAAUACGAUGAGUCCACUCCAUUCACCCUGGCACCUUCUCCUCAACAUUCGGAUGGAUUCCAGUUCAAACCCACGUGGCCACAGGGAGAACGUGCAAACUCCGCACGGACAGCACAGAAGAUGCGGCGAGGAUCUUUGCUGCACGUUCAGGAACGUUCCAGAACUCACUCCUCACUUCUCUCCUCCCCCCCUCCCCCAGGUCGCUCCGGGCUCAGCCUGAACACGAACAUCACCGUGAAUAAAUGUAUCCAAACAACUCAUACAAGUGUAUCGCUGCUGGCAAAUUCAUUUCACUGCACCUUCGGGUGCAUGUGACGAAUAAAAUUGACUUUGACUCUGAGACAAGUAUUAUUCCUGGGGUGCUA